GUUUAGAUUUAACAUCUGAAAAACAGCAUUUGUUGAAUAAAAUAAAAAAUAAAAAAUAGAGAAACAAAGUUACUUCCUGCAAAAAAAAUUAAAUCUUUGUCCUCUUCAUAGUUGUUGAUUCUCCAAAAAAAAAUUCUCAUUCUUCGCUCUUGAUUCUUACAAUUCAACAGCAGAAUAUUCUGAUUCUCAACCACAAUCCCUAAGCAACGGUAAGGAAGCAAGAUAUCGAAAAGCAACGGUGAUUCAGAGAGAUAGCGACGGCGAUUUGUAUCAUCAAUUCUAAAUCGAAUUGUAGCAAAAAGCUCAAGUAACUCCGAUUCAAUUCUACAACACUCUCAAUGUAAGUGGCUACGUCGUUUUUGUUAAGAAUUCUAAAUGAUAACUAGGCGAUUUAUUCAACUCUGCAUCUAUUUGUUAGUCGGGAGUUCAUUUAUAUGGUCAACUGGAAAUUGUUCGAUCGGUGAUUCAGCAUCAAGUCAGGUGGUUGAUUCCCCAAAUCCAAGCUCUAUUAGUAGAAAUGAUAAAGCUUUUUCUCCUACGAAGCAAUAUAUGAUGCAGUCUUAUUAUGACAGAUAUACCAGCUUACAUGAUUCAGAUUUUGAAAAUUUCAUUUCUCAAGAAGUCACUUCUAGUCUGUGUGAAGUGCUUCCAGAAAACCAUAAUUCGGUGUUAAGAUUGUCAGUUCUAAGACGUGAUCUUGUUGGUGAAGGUUCUCAUCGCCGUGUCUCUACAUUAAUAAAAUUACAAACCCAACAGUUGAAGUCUUUGUCUGAACUUUUAAGCUACUCAUGUGAGUUCAUAGUUAUUGAAAGAUUGCCUUCUGGAGUUUUUGCUGAUCCAUUUGAAUUACAGCAUCUUGCUCAACGUGGUGUGUUCAAUGAUAUAGCUGUGUUUGGCGAUACAAAUCUGGAGCUGCCUUCGUUCUUGUCAAAUCGUUCUGCUGUUGAAAUCCACUUAGAUGUUGAUCCAACUACAUUGCUACAGCCAACUGAUUUCAGCAUAGAGUUUCCUUUGCAUGCACGAUAUCAACCUCUGAAUGAAAGUGGCUACUCAAUAGUUGAAUUUGGUGCACCGGAUAUGUUAUUGCGCUGCAGCACAAAGGAAAAGGCGCAAAACAGCAAUUGCUUGUUCAAAUUGAAAAAUGAUGAUGCCAAUCUGUAUAAUGUUGGUCUUGUUUGGAGAAUUCCAUCCGGAAAAAAGGCACAUUCUGAUCUUGUCUCUACCGUUACGUUUCUUAUAGCUUUCUUAUCAAUUCUUGUAAUUUUGGUAACAUCAUUGCAAUAUUUUAAUAGCAGAGUGAGGAAAGAUUUGAAACAAUAGUAAAAGAGUUUUAUUAGUGCAGCUUUGGCUUCAGUGGUUCUACACAUUCAGUAUUUGUUGUAUUUAAGUAUAUUUUCUCAUCAGUCAAGAAAAAGAAUUUGCUUGGAUUUUUCACCGCAUAA